GCCUCCGCUGCGGCUGCCGCCGCCUCCGCCGCUCCCCGAGCAAUAUGCUGGAGCCACAGAACAGCUAAACGGAGUUUCCCCACCGCUGCCUGGGCUGGAUUGCAGCGCUGUCGUUCCUUAUGAAGAAGACACAAACUUGGAUUAUCACUUGCAUUUAUCUUCAGCUGCUCCUAUUCAACCCUCUCGUCAAAACCAAAGGGAUCUGCGGGAAUCCUGUGACCGAUGAUGUGAAAGAGAUUACAACAUUGGUGGCAAAUCUUCCGAAUGACUAUAUGAUACCUCUUAACUAUGUCCCCGGGAUGGAACUGUUGCCUAAUCAUUGUUGGUUACAUUUGAUGGUGCCUGAAUUGGCCAACAGUCUGAAUAACCUUUUGUACAAGUUUUCCAAAAUUUCCAGUAGUCUGAGUAAUUAUUCAAUCAUUGAUAAACUCAUAAAAAUCAUUGAUGACCUGAUGGGAUGCUUAGAAGAGAAAAAUAAGAAUUUCCGAAAGCAAAAUAACAACAUUUACCGAGAAGGCUCGUUCAUUCCCGAACAGUUUUUUAGCUUCUUUAAUAAAUCCAUCGAUGCCUUCAAGGAAUUUGAAGAAACAUCUGAGCAGAGCGCCUGCGUCCUGCCUUCAACAAUAGGGCCUGAGAAAGAUUUCAGGGUCAAUGUCACAAAACCAUUUUUGUUACCCCCCGUUGCAGCCAGCUCCCUUAGGAAUGACACCAGUAGCAGUAAUAGGAAGGCAUCAGGAUCCGCUAAAGACCCAAGUGUGCAUUGGGUAGCCAUUGUGUUGCCAUCACUGUUUUCUCUUGUAAUUGGCUUUGUUCUGGGAGUCUUAUACUGGAAGAAAAAACAAAUGAGUCUUAAAAUGGAAGGUGAAAACAGAGAGAUUAGUGAAGAGGAUAAUGAGAUAAGUAUGUUGCAAGAAAAAGAGAGAGAGUUUCAAGAAGUGUAACUGUUGCUUGUAUCAACACUGUUACUUUGGCACAACGGCGGGUAACAGUUUUAUGUUUGCUUCAUAAAUGAAGCAGCUUUAAGCAAAUUCAUAUUCUGUCUGGAGUGACAGACUGAGUCUCUGUCUGUACUUGCUACCCAUGACUCCAUAAUGAUGAUUCAGAAAUGGGGACAAAGUGUCUUACUGUGAAACCAGCGCUGAAUUAAUCAUCUGCAAAGAAGAAUAUGCAUGGAGCAAAACUCUAUUUUAAGGAUUUGGGAAUUUGCCGUCUCAUUUGGCAACUCAUGUUGGGAAAGGAACUACGUUCCCUGGACUCCAUGCACCACCCGCAUGCCUCCAGCAACGAGUAGUUUACCAAACAUCCAUGUGUUCUAAUCCUUCAAUUGCCAUCUGCAUCCCACAGUUUAACCUGGUCUGUAGAAAUGGCCUUGAUCUUGGAUUAUGGGGAUGAAAAAAAUGAAAGAGAAGCAGAGUUUUAAAGACACUCUGGUAUGGGAAGAGGGGAAAUCUGAGAGAUGCAGAAGGUUAGCAUGCUGGCUUUUAAUCUUACGGAAUCUAGGUUCAUGUUUUGGACGACAUGACGUGGAUCCAGUCUCUUUCUCUGCCCAAUGAAUACCAUAUCUAUCCAUCUCAAAAAAAAAAAAAAGCCUACCGGAUAAUCUGACAUGGUUGGCUGUCCAUGGCUGUCCAUGCAGGGGAAGUCAAUAUUGAAUUAGACUGGUGGUGUUGUCACCACAUGGAGAAGCUCUGAAAGAGUUAAUAUAUGAAGAAGCGUUCAGCACUGACUAUCAGAAGGGCCUACCUGAAGAAGACGACAUUUGGUGCCCCUGGUGAUGUCUGCCCUUUUUUGAUAACCACUAUGGUGUGUAUAGAUACGUUUCCAAAAUAUGUUAGAGCAUUUUAUAUACAUAUAUUCUAGAAACCUUACACAAAGUUAUGUAAAGAGAGUCUUAGGAGAAACUGCUGAAUGUAUGGAGAUCCCACUUAAAACUGCAGCUGUGGGAGGGACAUUCAUAUGGCUUAGAAUAUUCAGUAUCUAAUAAGAGACAACCACAACCCUAAACAUUGGUAUCCAAAACCUUGGCCUUUGCAAAAGAGCAAGAAAUCUAGCAACUUCAGCUACUGGUAACAUAGUCUUCAUCGUGUUUGAAAUAUCCAUUUAUUUAAGAUCUGGCACUAUUCAUUAAGGGUGUAAUUCAGAGAUUUUUUUUUUUAAGCUUUAUUCAGUUUUGCAUGUUGGCUUGCUGUUUAAAACACAUGACUGCCUAGGGCAUAUUUUGGAGAAACUUGGCAAGUGUUGCUAAGAAGGGCAAAGGAUCUGUGAUUUCAUCAGCACUGGGGAUUCUUAGAACCAAUCUGCAACCUACUAGAUAAAUCUAAGAGGUUGGUUCAGUGAGGUACAUGGAAGUUAGUGACUGACCCAGAGUCACACAGCUAGCAAGUGUCAGGGGUGGAAUUUGAACCUAGGUCUUCCUGAUUCUAGGCCUUGUACCGAACCUACUACCAAGCUUCCGGUACCAGAGUCCUCCAUAAUAUGGACACGUAGUAAUUUUAAGCUAGAAUUUAAAGUGUCUUGAGAAACCUUUCUAAUGACAUGUUCCAUCUUCUAAAGGCAGACAGUUUAUUAAAGCCAAUGAACAAUUAA